CAUCUCUUCCAUCUUUGCUUCUCUCUGAACUCGAGCAAACACACACGGAGAGUCGCUAAUAAAAUCAAUGGAGGUCGCCACCGCCACCGCAACGGCGUCAACUGUAGCUCUCCACGGGCGCAUGUUAGCAUCAUCAGCGCCAACCUCUUCAUCACGAACUUCAAGCUCAAACCGAACUCUCGCUUUCUCCUCUUCUUCUCUUAGAACUACUUCCUCACUAUCAACGACUUUUCUCUCUCCAUUCGCCUCCGGCGGAAGUGUCAUUGGAGAUUUCUCUGGCAUUAAACUUCGACCUGAAUGUCUCAAUCCGGCGUCAAUUUCGAAUUCCAAAGGCAAAAGAAGUGUCGUCACCAUGGUUAUUCCGUAUACUAGAGGAAGUGCGUGGGAGCAACCGCCUCCUGACCUAGCAUCUUACCUGUUCAAGAAUCGUAUUGUUUACUUAGGCAUGUCGCUUGUUCCGUCUGUGACGGAGUUAAUACUUGCGGAAUUUCUUUACCUCCAGUAUGAGGAUGAAGAGAAACCUAUCUACCUAUACAUCAACUCCACAGGAACUACCAAGGGAGGUGAAAAGCUGAGUUAUGAGACUGAGGCUUUCGCAAUCCAUGAUGUUAUGGGGUAUGUCAAACCGCCUAUAUUUACUCUCUGUGUUGGUAAUGCUUGGGGGGAAGCAGCAUUACUUUUGGCAGCUGGUUCAAAGGGGAACAGGUCUGCUUUGCCUUCGUCAACUAUCAUGAUAAAGCAGCCAAUAGGAAGAUUUCAAGGUCAAGCAACAGAUGUUGAACUAGCAAGAAAAGAAAUAAGGAACGUGAAAGCAGAAUUGGUCAAUCUCAUGGCAAAGUAUAUUGGAAAAUCAACUGAGCAGAUUGAAGCGGACAUCAGCCGUCCAAAAUAUUUUACUCCAGCUGAGGCAGUUGAAUAUGGCAUCAUUGACAAGGUAAUAUACAAUGAAAGAGGCACGGAAGACCGUGGAGUUGUUUCUGACCUUAAAAAGGCUCAGCUUAUAUGAUCUUAGAGGAAUUUUAAUUGGUGAUUGUUGAAAGGAAUGUGAAUUUUAGGUUAUGCUGUUAACUUGCAUUUGGCUGGAACAAAAUAGACUGAAGAGUAGAUAAAGCAGAAUGAUCUUCGGAUUAGGAGCAAGGUCAAGGCGACGAGAACACAGAAGCUUUUAGCUACGGACUAUAGUGUUAUUGAUUUAAUGUGCACAUAAUAAGCUUGAUUUGUAACAUAAUGUAUUUGCAGAAAUAUGUAUGCGCCUAUGCUUCUUUGCUUGCCAUUUCUUUUUCAUGUGACUGCUUUAAAUGAAACUGAGCAAUCAGAUCUAAAGUGAAUUUGUAUA